GGAAGCAUGUACUGAAUCGAAUGACCUAUGAAAGUCUCCGGCCUACUGUUUGUGACAGAAGUGUGUACAGCGUUAGCGUACCCCAGAUAGUAGUUUUAGCGGACAACUUUCUGUUCGUCCCUGCAGACCACAAUGCUGAAGUGCAGAACUGUGUGGAAAAAAUUGGCGCCAUUGGCCAGGAACUCUUCAACUUUGUGUCAUCAGAAUGCGAAAAGAGCAGUGUUGAGGAAUGAGAAGAGGCCAGGUCUUCUCCAGAGGGCCCAAAUGUCUGCCGGCCCAUCUGGGGGAGGUGGCACUGACAAUACCUUAUACUACGUCCUUGUCGGAGCCACAUGUUUAGGGGGAGCUGUGUAUGCUUAUAGUACGUUACGGGGAGACAAGCAGAGGUAUCAGGACAGGAUCAGUGAAAUUGCCUCCAGACCAAACAAAGCGACACAAGAACAAACAGAAAUACAGACAGCUGCUCCAGAAGCCACAAAAGAGCUCGCUGAGGAGGCUUCUGAGCCUCAGUCAGUGGCUGAUGAGGAGAGUGUCCCGUCCACACCCUCAGAGGAACCCUCGCCGUCUGCGGAACCACCAGCGGAACUCCCCUCAGAAACAGAAACGUCGGAGCCUGUCUUGGCUGAAGUAUCAGAAUCCCCCUCUGGUACAGCAGAGAGUGCAACUGGUGUGGAAGUUGUGACCCCUGAAAUACCAGAGGAUCCCGGGAAGAGUGAACCCCAAGAAGAGGCAACACCUGUACAGUUUGAAGAAACGCCUAUUGUGGAGUCGUCUGAAAGUGCCCCCCCAGCAGAAGCAGAAGCUCCUGAACCUGUGGUGUCAGAAGCAGUAGAAUCCGUUUCAGAAGUCAUUGCAGAAGCUGCUCAAGAAGCCGUAUUGGAGUCUGUCAGUGAACCUGCGCAAGAUUCUAUAUCAGCAGCCCUACCAGAGCAGCCAAUCGUGCAGGCUGAAACGAGUGAGUCAGCACCAGAACCAUCUGCUGAGGAGAAGACCUCAGAAGAACCUCUUGUGACAAGUGAGCCCAUACAAGAAACCCCAGUGGAAGGCCCAACUGAGCCCUCAGCCUCCCUGGCCGAGACCACUGAGCCACCAUUGGAAACACCCACACCGGAGCCGAGCGAACCUUUCUCCUCUCCCGCUGUUGUGGAAAGCGCUGAAGCGAUUCCAGUAGCUGUAGCUGAAAGCACGCCUGAGGUUUCUGCUGAGCAGAUAGCGCCUCCUGUGGCCGAGAGUGCCUCCGCCGCCCCAACGCCAGCUGCAGCCCCUGUGACGCCAACACCUGCUCCUGCAGCCCCCACAGAGUCCACCCCCGCUCCGGUGCUUGAACACGCCCCCUACCUCCUGAUUGGUGGAGGCACUGCCUCCUUUGCAGCGGCCAGGUCCAUCCGGGCGAGGGACCCAGGUGCCAGGGUGCUGAUUAUUACAGAUGAGCCAGAUCUCCCUUACAUGCGACCCCCUCUCUCCAAAGAGCUGUGGUUCUCCGAUGACCCAGAGGUGACGGAGUCGCUGCGCUUUAAACAGUGGAAUGGCAAAGAAAGGAGUAUUUAUUUCCAACCUCCCUCAUUUUACGUCGAUCCUACGGAGUUGGCCAAAGUGGAGAAUGGUGGUGUAGCAGUAUUGACAGGGAGGAAGGUGGUGCACAUGGAUGUGAGGGGAAACAAAGUUAGAUUACAGGAUGGUGCAGAAAUCUCCUACGACAAAUGCUUGAUUGCCACAGGUGGCGUUCCACGCAAUUUGCAGGUGAUUGAGAGAGCGGGAGAUGAGGUGAUGCAGAGAACAACACUUUUCAGGAAGAUUGAAGACUUCAAAUCCUUGGGAAAGGUUUCGCGAGAAAUCAAGUCCGUCACCAUCGUCGGUGGAGGGUUCCUGGGCAGUGAGCUGGCCUGCGCCUUGGGAAGGAGAUCUGCAGACCUAGAUCUGGAAGUCAUCCAGAUGUAUCCUGAGAAGGGCAACAUGGGUAAGGUGCUGCCAGAGUACCUGAGUAACUGGACAACAGCAAAGGUCAGAAAAGAGGGGGUGAGGGUCAUAACUGAUGCCGUGGUGAAGAACGUGAGUUUUAAGAAUGGCAAAGUGGAGAUUAAGCUGAAGGAUGGACGUACGGUCAAGACGGAUCACAUAGUAGCUGCUGUUGGCUUGGAGCCCAGUGUGGAGCUGGCCAAAUCAGCUGGACUGGAAGUGGACUCCGACUUUGGAGGCUACCGUGUCAAUGCUGAACUCCAGGCCCGAUCAAACAUUUGGGUGGCUGGUGACGCAGCAUGCUUCUAUGACAUCAAACUGGGCAGGCGGCGGGUGGAGCACCAUGACCAUGCAGUGGUCAGUGGACGGCUGGCAGGCGAGAACAUGACCGGGGCCAACAAACCCUACUGGCACCAGUCCAUGUUCUGGAGUGAUCUGGGUCCAGAUGUUGGAUACGAGGCCAUUGGUAUUGUUGACAGCAGCCUACCCACCGUGGGUGUAUUUGCCAAAGCCACAGCUAAAGACACCCCCAAAGCUGCAGCUGAGAAGUCAGGAACUGGGAUCCGCUCGGAGAGUGAGACCGAGGCAGUGGCCGUGAGCGUGAAGGCUGGGACCGCCACACCGCCUUCUCCCACACACCAGACGGACGACUACGGCAAGGGGGUCAUCUUCUACCUGCGGGACAAGGUGGUAGUGGGAGUGGUCCUGUGGAACGUCUUCAACAGAAUGCCCAUUGCCAGGAAGAUCAUCAAGGAUGGAGAGGAGCAUGCAGACCUCAACGAAGUGGCCAAACUUUUCAACAUUCAUGAAGACUGAGAAUUGAACAUCUGAUCACACACACACACACACACACACACACACACACACACACACACACACACGGGAACCCAAACAGGAAAAUUUGGGCCUUGAAUGGUCAGUAGUUGUACCUCAAAGUCUAUGGCUGCACCCAACUGCACACCUCGGCCACCGUCAGUAGAGUCUGGGAAUCCUCUGUCCUGUUCUCGUGUGAGGGACGUUUUUCAUAUGGUCUAUUCAUUUGUAUUCCGAUUCUUUUUUUCCUACGGAGAGCUGUAUGAGAAUGCAGUCCAAGCACUUGAAUCACUAAAUGCUGCCCUCCCUCCCUUCCUUCCUUGUUUGCUAUUCAUGUUUGUAAUGUCAUUGUUUGCGUUGGAAAUAAUGCCAUUUGGAAUCAAAUGAUAAAGGUAUUUGAAGCUUACACACAUUAUCCCUGUUCACCGCAAUAAAGUAAAUUAUUUUUGAACAUA